AGAAGGAUUCGAUAUGACUUAACGCAUCAUUCAUAGAUAUUUUACUUUUGUAUUCUAUAUAAAAAUAAUUUUCUUGUAAAAGAAAAUUGAACGUAAUCUUAAAUAAUGCUCUAGACCGUGUGGGUACGAUUUUAAAGGUAAAAUUGAAUUUAAAGUUUCACAAAUUUCUCGAGUUUGAAAUUUUGUUUAUAUUUUAAUGACAUUAAUUCUGCAAGAAGAAAUAAUAUAAAAGACAAUUUCCGCAAAUAAAAGGGAAUUAAAAGAGCUAUCACCGAGCUCGAUUAAUAUUUUUGAAAAUUUUUGAAAAUUUAACAAUUCUGCACAGAGGCUUAUACAGAGUCAGACAUAACAUACACACAACACAGCUGAAGUAUAUUAGCGUGUAAUGGUAUCGGGUAACUGACUUUUGUGAAAGCAUAAGAUGUGAUUCUCAUCAACUGAUUUAUUUCUAUGUACUAAAAUUAAUAAAUAGCAAUGAAUUUCCAAAUGCAAUUGAUUUCUCGGCUUGGACAUCACACAAAACAUUUGUCACUACUUAAACAAGUUUAUGUGCGGCCUCUAUUACAACUUGCUGUAAAAGCUAUCAAGCAAGAUUAUGUUGACGAAGGUGCAUUAGAAAUUUUGAGUGAAAGUUUUGAAAUUUCUCAAGCAAUUGUGGAUGAAUGGUACGCUGCUAUACUAACAAUUGUUACAUUGCAUUUGCGCUCUCCUAGUAUUACAAUUAAACCUCCAGAAUUCAAGCAAUGUUUGGAAGAAUUGAAAUUUUCACCAGAAUGUAUUCAAGAUAUAUUUUCAGUUGUUACGGGUGCAAAAAGACCUGAGCUCAUGUUUGGUCUACAUAGCAGAAUUCAAUUUCUUCCUCAUGUUGUUGCUUGUAAAUGGAGAAUUGAUAUUACCAUUUCUUCAAGUUCAAUGUCUAAAGUAAUGGAACCAUGUAUAAUAAUGGAAUGGAUUUUAAGCAACAAUUAUACAUAUGUAUUUGAGCUAUCAGUUCCAUGUUUUUACAAAUUAAAAAAUACAGUGAUAGAAUCUCUCACAGAAUUAAAAAAAUUAGAAAGUUAUAAAGUAGUUCAGAACUAUUCUUCAUAAUUAUAAUAGUAAAAACUUGUGUAAAAUAGAUUUUUUUCCAAGGAAAAU